AUGGCCGCCCCGGUGCUCGAAUCCAGCGCAUCAACACCCUCCACCACCACUUCAACACAGACAUUCCGCAUUCUCGUUCUCCCCGGCGACCAUGUCGGUCCUGAAGUCAUGGACGAAGCAUUGCGCGUUCUGGACACGGUCGAGAUAACCUCCCAGGGCCGGCUCAAGUUCGAAUUCAACCAUCAGAUCUGUGGUGGGUGCAGUAUCGACAAGCACGGAACGCCCAUCACGGAUGAGGUGCUGAGGAUCGCGAAGGAAGAGAGCGAUGCCGUCUUGUUUGGCAGCGUGGGCGGACCAGAAUGGGGAACGGCCUAUCCGAACCCGGAAUCUGGCCUCCUCCGCCUUCGCCAACAUCUCAAUGCGUUUGCCAAUAUCCGCCCGUGCACCUUCUAUUCUCGCUCCCUGAUCCCGCUUUCCCCUCUGAAGCCCUCAAUCGCCGAGGGCACCAAUUUCAUCCUCCUCCGCGAGAACUGCGGCGGUGCCUAUUAUGGUCCCAAAGUCGAGGAGGCCGACUUCGCCAGCGACUCGUGGGCCUAUAAACGGGACGAGAUCGAACGGAGCGCACGGGUUGCCGCUGCCCUAGCUAUGACCAUGGGGAAGGACGGCAAAGGCACCGGCAAUUGCCCCGAAGGACCCGCGACCGUGUGGUCCAGUGACAAAGCCAACGUGCUCGCUUCAGGCCGGCUCUGGCGGAAAGUCACCUCGGAGGUUUUCGCCAAGGAGUUUCCUCAGAUCGAGCUGAAGCAUCAAUUGGCAGACAGCCUGUCCAUGCUGAUGGUUAAAAAUCCACGCAUGUUCAACGGCGUCAUCCACACAGACAACACCUUUGGCGACAUGUUGUCCGAUCAAGCCGGCGGCGUGGUCGGCACGUUGGGCGUGUUGCCCAGUGCCAGUCUUUCUGGCAUUCCGGAUGGCAAGACUCGAUGUAACGGUAUUUACGAGCCCGUGCACGGCUCUGCGCCAGAUAUCGCUGGAAAGGGUAUCGUUAACCCCGUUGCCCAAAUCCUCUCGGCGGCAAUGAUGUUGCGGUACUCGUUCAACCUGGCAGCCGAGGCCGCCGCCAUCGAAACCGCGGUGGAAAAGGUCCUUGAUGGAAAGGACAUUGGCGGCCUCGAGAUUCGAAGCGGCGACCUGGGUGGAACCGCCACGACCAAGGAGAUUGGCGAUGCCGUGUGUUCGGUCCUUGAAGAGCUCUUGAUGGGCAAUCCAACUGGUAUCCCUGAAAAAGUGAACGGGGAAGAUGCGGCUCUCGGAUCAAACGCUGCAGCUACUGCCCAGACGACCACUCUUUCGACACAUGCAAAGGACAAUAAGAAAUGGGAAGAAAAACUGGAGAAGGAGGGUGUUCCCACCGGUCCAAGGGAGGCAUUGGCUUUGUGA